AUGCUUGCACGAUCUAGCUGGAUCUCUACCGCUCCCAUCGCUGUGGAGGCCCCGGCGCAGGUGCAGGCGCGCUGGCUGUUCGGCAGUGCCCCCGCUGGUUACACACCUUCUGCUGCUGCCUUCUCCUUUGCUGCCUCCUUACCGCAACUCUCUCUGAACCCUACCCGGGGUUACCGCGGGCAGCGCCACAGCCCAGCCCCGGGCGGGCCACAGCCAGGCCGCGGGGCCUGCCCGCCCGCCUCAGGGGCCAGCCGCUUCCCCGCGGGGGCCUGCGUUGUCUAUGAGCAAGAAGGAGUUUUCAUACAUUCAUCCUGUGGAAAAAAUGAUGACCAGGACAGCUUAAUUCCAGGAGUACUACGUGUCAUAGAAAAGGAAAAUGAAGUAAUAGUAGACUGGAGACCACUGGAUGAUACUUUGGAUACUUCUAAUAUCCUCUGUGCUGGAAAGGAUUCUAGUUCUGUUGUGGAGUGGACUCAAACUCCUAAAGAAAAAUGUUCCCGAGGAGCAGACCGUCCAAGUAGUUAUGAAGCAGAAUGGGACAUGGUCACCACAGUCUCUUUUAAAAAGAAACAUCAUUCAAAUGGAGAUGUUACAGCUCAUGCAAAUGGAGAAAGCAAGUGGUCGUUCCUGUUCAGUUUGACAGAUCUGAAAUCAAUCAAACAAAACAAAGAAGGCAUGGGAUGGUCUUAUUUAGUGUUCUGUCUGAAGGACGAUGUGAAGCUUCCAGCUCUUCACUUUCAUCAUGGAGAUAGCAAGCUAUUGAUUAAAUGCCUUGAAAAGCAUGUUGUGCUGAAUGAAUCUUCACAGGAUAAACGGGUUCUUCUUGUGAAUUCUCAGAACAAGUCUCUGUCUCAGUCUUUUGAAAAUCUCUUUGAUGAACCAUCAUAUGGCUUGUUACAAAAGCUGAAGAAAGAUCCAUACACAGUAACAAUGGGAAGAUUUUCCAAAGUCACAAACUAUAUUUUUGACAGUUUCCGUUUAAGUGACCCUUCAACUCAAAGGAGACCACCAUCAGAAAUGGCAGACUUUCUCAAUGAUGCUAUUCCGGGGCUAAAGAUAAAUCAGCAGGAAGAACCAGGAUUUGAAGUCAUUACACGAAUUGAUCUCGGAAAACAGCCUGAAGUUAGUAGAAGAGAGCCUGUGUCGGCUGAAGAGUGGGCUAAGAAUAUGGAUUCUGAAGGAAGAAUUUUAGAUGUGGACUACAUAAAGCGAUUGAUAUUCAAAGGGGGUCUCUGCCAUACUUUAAGAAAAGAGGCAUGGAAAUUUCUUUUGGGGUAUUUUCCUUGGAAUAGCACUAAAGAAGAGAGAGCAAAUCUGCAAAAAAGGAAAACGGACGAAUAUUUCAGGAUGAAACUGCAGUGGAAAUCUGUCAGUGAGGAACAGGAAAAACGAAAUUCAAGAUUAAGAGAUUACCGGAGUCUUAUAGAAAAAGACGUAAACAGGACAGAUCGAACAAAUAAAUUCUAUGAAGGUGAAGAUAAUCCAGGACUGAUUUUACUUCAUGAUAUUUUGAUGACCUAUUGCAUGUAUGACUUUGACUUGGGUUAUGUCCAGGGGAUGAGUGACCUACUUUCACCUGUCUUGUAUGUUAUGGAGAAUGAAGUAGAUGCCUUUUGGUGCUUUGUAUCAUACAUGGAUCAAAUGCAUCAGAAUUUUGAAGAACAGAUGCAGGGUAUGAAGACACAACUAAUUCAGCUGAGUACUUUGCUCCGUUUACUAGACAGUGGAUUUUGCAGUUAUUUAGAAUCUCAAGACUCAGGCUACCUUUAUUUUUGCUUCCGGUGGCUUCUUAUCCGAUUUAAAAGGGAAUUUAGUUUUCAAGAUAUUCUUCGACUCUGGGAGGUCAUGUGGACGGAAUUGCCUUGCCAGAACUUUCAUCUUCUCCUUUGCUGUGCCAUCUUAGAAUCUGAAAAACAGCAAAUAAUGGACAAGCACUAUGGCUUUAAUGAAAUAUUAAAGCAUAUCAAUGAACUGUCUAUGAAAAUUGAUGUGGAAUAUAUACUCUGCAAAGCAGAAGCAAUUUCUAUGCAGAUGAUGAAUUGCAAGGAAUUGCCACAAGCAGUUAGUGAGAUCCUGGGGAUAGAAAGCAGUUCUGUAACACCAGAUUCGGAUACCGGCGAGGAUGAAAGCGGAGGUGUUUUGAGUUGUCCAACGUCAUUAUAUCAGAGCAUCUCACCACCUGUAAUUGCUGCCAAUGGAACAAGAGACAGCACUCAACAGAUGCCUGACACGCAGAGCCUGACACCUGCGUAAUUACAGUUGGUUAUAUUGAAGAAAGACUUUUACUGAGCACGUUUUUUUCAAGCACUUGAGAGAUGGAUAUUUAAAUUUGGUGUUGAUUAAGCUUUAAGGUUGGAAAGAAAAUCUGUACUGUAAUGCUCUUGCAUUAAAGCUUUACAACAUGACUCAACUUAACUAUUUUUGUAGUUUCUUCUACCAAAAUAGCCUUUUCUUUUCAAUAACAUUCCUUAAUAUUUUUGUAGCCAAGUGCAUUUUCUUUUUGCUGGUGAACUGGAAAUGGAUGGCGAUUAAGAAUUAAUUGGAAAAUUCUGCAUUUGUUGAGUUUUCACACGUAAUGAUCUAAGACAGUGUGAGCUCUUUGAUUUGAGCAGAUUCAUAAGAGGCCAGCUGAAGCCGCUGUACAAAAUUUUCAGGCUGAAGAGAUGCUGAUGUGUUAAAGGAGGAUUAUUUUGUAAAUGAAUGGGUUUGCCCUAUCUCAAAUGUUUACAAAAAUACUUCUAAGUAUUUGUUGCUGGUUGAAUGUAGAUUUGAAAUGGACAUUUAUACUUACACAGUUUAAUGUCCAAAUACAGAAUUUUGUGUAACUGGGAGUGGAUGAACAGUAUAUUUUUACAUUAACAUAUCUUCACUUUAUAUAUGCAUAUAUAUAUAUAUAUUUACACACAUACACACACUAUAUACACAAAUGUUUGUGAAUACUAAAAAGGAUAGUCAUAUUUUCAGUAUCUUAAUAAACUUGACUGUUCAUUCAUAUGAAUCAGUUUGACCAAAUUAAUGCACAGCUCCAACUUGGGCUCUUUUUCAAAACUUUUCUAACUGAAGGUCACAAUUUCAUGUGAAUACAUUCAGUCCUUCACUUGAGGUAAUUUUGCAAUUGAUUUCUUGCAAACUUUACUAAUGUUUAUCUUUGCUAAUAUAUUAACUGAUCAAUUAACUACUUACACUGUUUUUAUGGCAAGAUUAUUUGGAUAAUUAGUAAGCAGAAAAAGAAACCCCACAAACCAAAAUAGUAAUCAGAAUUAACGUUAAUGCGUUUUAUAUUGUAUAUGCAAAAGGCAGUGUGAGUUUAUUCCAUGCCAUGCUGAUGUCCUUUGACGUUAUGUGAAAUUUAACAUAACUGAUUCAGUGUAUUCAUUAUUUGGUAACUAUUGUACAUAUAUAAAAUAAAAAUCAAAGCUGAUUUAGUGUUUUUAAUUAAAUCAUAUUUAGAGAAAAAAAGUUGUCUGGUUGUUGAUAUAAGAACAUGAGAGAGAGGGGAUAGCUAACAAUGGUUAGUUCAUCAAUAUUAUAUAUUUUGUGAGUAAUGAAGAGCAGUGGGAAUAUGUUUAUUAUAGAGAGGAACGUGCCUUUCAUCUCUAGGUGGUUGAUGUGUGGGAUAUGGCAGAGCUUUCUUUUCUUCUGGAGCCGUUUACUUUUACAAAUGUCAUUUGUGCCAUCUGAAGCAAAUACAAGUAAUACAGAAAGGCUUUAAUAGAUAAAUCAAGUUGUUACAAUAUUUUGAGACCCGAUUAAACUUCUCUCACCAGUUGUGAACAAACACCAGAGCGUUGAAUCGGUGUAGAUUUUGUUUUUAAUAUCAUCAGUGUGCUAUCGCUCAUCAGUUAAUAAGAAGAGCCUUACGCGGUGACAGUCAGGGGUUCACAGCUCAGCAUAUCUGUGGCCUUUCAUUUCCUCUCCAGGAAAUUACCCUGAAGCAUCUCCCUUUGUUCAUUGUUGAACAUUGUGCUUCUUGGCAGUUCCUUUAGCGUGGCAUAGAAUACAGAAAGGCAUUAGAACUUAUAUAAUCAACACUUCGGUUCAAUAUACUAAGCAAGUUCACUUCCAGUAUUUUUGGAGCACCUAGUUCACUUUGAAGUGUACGUGCAAAAUGUUUUUUUGUCAAAAAUGAUGUUAAAAUGGAACUAUGGAAGUGGGGGGAAGGAAGUGUCUAAAACAGAAAUGCAGUGGGCAGGUCUGUCAAUUAACUGUGUGUGGUUCUCGGUUAUUCAGGAUAUGCAGCCACAAAAAAAAUAUGUAUGCAACAAAUUAAGAUCUUGAAGAAAAUUGACUGAAUAUGAAUAUUCAAAUAUUUAGGAAAGCAUAUUUAAGUGGAAUUCUGUCACUACUUAGAAUUACAGCUAUGGCUGCUAAGAACUACUACCAGCCCUGAAAGUUUGCCUUUCCUUUUUGGGUAGAAUUUUCCCUUUGUAUUAAGCACUGGGGUGUGGAGGAUGAGAAGGUUGCUCCUGAAUUAUCCAGUGAGCAGCUGCGGUGGAAGACUUGGAGUAGGUCAGCUUCCUCUGCUUCCCAGCAGUAAGGUCAAGCCUUGCCACCCUCCUGCUGACAGGCAGCCUUGCAGGGAGCUGCAAUUAAAGGGAAUCUCAUCUUCCACCAAACUAUUCCUGAGUGUUAGGGGUGGCUUUUGUAGUCUCGGCUCAGACUCUGUGAGAGGCCUUAAUCGAAAUUGCGAUGGCUCAAAACAUACCAUGGGCUGGAGGUUCUGGCUGUCUAAAUUUCUUUUGUACAUAAAUAAUUUGGGUUGCUUAGAAUUAACAUGUAUAAAUUAACUUGGAAUAUGAAAGAGGCAAUACUUGUUUAGUUCCUGGAAACCAAUUUUGUUGGUUUUGUUUUUUUAAUGCUUGACUUAAAGAUAAUUAUCUCUUGGGAGUUAGUAUUUAAAAUAUCAUACUUGUCAAUCAUAGCAGUAUUCUAGUAUUAUCUGUUCCAAGGUAAAAAUUACAUUUAUGUAGGUCUGUCCUUAAGAGAUAUUUUUCUUCUGCCUGUUUGGGCAACUUACUUGUUUCCAAAGUACAUUCUUGAGGGCUUUUUCUUAUGUUUGAGGGCAAGAGGAUAGCUUACAAAAAGAAGUGGCUGAAGCUUCUUGGAAGUUUGGACCAACAUGAAUAUCUUUAGGAGGGUUUUGAUACUGGGAGGUUAAAAAAAAAAAAUCUAUAAGAGGAUGAUGCUAUACUUAAUUGCCCAUAGUAAUGACUUAAAGCUUCAGCUGAAUUGAAUAUGUUUGGCAAACGUGUGCCUGUCCUAUUCGUCUGUAAUGGUUGGGUUUGCUCCCAGUGGCCUUCAAACCUCUGUCAGGUGUGGAGGUUUUGUAUUCAUUGUGGGGCAUCUUCCUAAAGAAGAUAAAGGCUACAUACAUCAUUACACCAGGUCCUGAUUGCUUUAGGAACCAAAUGUGGAAGUACUGUGAUGUUGACUGUAUUAGCAAUGUUUUGAUCUGUAGUUUGAUUAAAAUUAAGGUGUCAAUGUUCAACAAACCCAUUUUGUUGCCAACAAGGUUUUUCUUAAAGCCUUUGCAUGUUUCUAGUGGACAAAUUUAAGAUGCUGGUGGUGUCUCUUCAGUUAUUCUCUCUCGUUUUUCCUCAUGUAUUACUCUAAAAUCCUUUGGCCCCAGUCAGCCAAAGCAGUGAGGAAGCAGAUUCCUCACUACUUUCAAAUAUAUUCUUGAGCACUGAAUCAAAGCUCUAUUGCUGAAACUUUUCAGAAAUCCAUGAAAAGUAUUCUAGCUUUCACUUUUUGUGAUAAUAUUUUAGCUCAAAAUAAGUGAGGGACUUUUUCCUCACUUUUUCUAAAGAAUUUCCUGUUACAAGACUUGCCUAACUUGAAAAACUGUUUUAUUGUAAAAGAUCUGGCAUUCAGAAUUUGGACCACAAACAAGUUUUGGUACCACUGGCACAACUUACGUGUCCUGGUGAGAUGCAAAUGAAGCCUUACCAAGGCUUGAGUUUGAAUUGGGAUUGAAUUUCUGUAGGCAAAAAUCUAUAUUCUCCUCAAACUGUUCCUUGUAAGACAACAGAAACAACAAUGCUGAAGGUGCUAGUGACAUUUUAAAAGCGCAUCUGAGAAUUGAUUCACAUUAUAAAUAUGAUGGGGAAAAUGGUAAUUAAGUAGGUUGUGUGCGGGAGUAAUCAUUUGUUUAGGAAAUGUGUUAACUAUUCUUCAGACUCAGUUUUAGUCAAUGUUCUUGUACAGAUGCAGCAUAAAACUGAAGUUUGGUCCGUGGGCUGUAGGGAAGUGGCUGGUAACCUGAAUUCAUUUGUGGCUGGCUAAAUAGCUUGGAAUGUAUUUUUCAAAUCUGUUGACCAUUUCUGGGAACAUUUCUAGUCAGUGGCUGGUGCCGUCUCCAUCUCUGUGAAAGGAAUCAUGGCAGCGAGGUCUGUGCUUGUUCUUAGGGCAGAUAUUCCAUGAGCUGCUCUGGUGGCUGGGAUUAAAGCAGGAAAUCUUAACCCUUCGUUUUUUAUGUGCAAUGAUGUACCUAUAUCUGGCUCAACAGUUGACAUGACUGCAUAUAUGCAUUGAUAAGGUAAUAAGAGACACAUACACAUAAUAUCCAUUUAACAGACAGAUUUCAUAUAUGUCUGCUAUUAUAUUUGAUUUAAAGAUGCUUUCAAAUACUUUUUUUUUUUAAUGGUGUACACAUGAUGAAUUGAGCUUUGUGUUUAGUGGGACUUGAAAAUGUCUGCUAUUCAAUUAAGUGAUGUUACUGCAGUGCCGGGCCUCGUAUAAAUUCAGCUUGAAUUUCAUUUUUCAUUCAAGUGGGGAUUUUAAUCUUAAAUGUUUUUUAGAGAACUGUGUGCUAUUUUUUCAUGUUAAAUCACUAUCUUUGGCACAAAUUGAAUUUUCUGAUGAAUUGCAAACAAAAAAUAUAUUGCACGAUGUCACUUUUUUUGCCUCAUCCAAAAUGAAUUUCACAAUUGAAUCAAAUAUAUAUUUCAAACUGUCCAUGUAAUUCAAAUAAAUGAAGUCUUCUAGA